CUUUGCCUGGUAACGCAUCCCAUUCAUUCAUUCCCAUUCAUUCCAGCCUACUUGCUGUCAUUCGUUCGUUCUAUCGACUACUGCCGUUCUUUCUGCAUCUCUGCAUUUCUGCAUCACACACGCUAUUCUCUUCUUCACACGAGCCAUUACCCUAGACCGAAUUGACUGGAAGUAAAUUUCCCCUCUCCUCCUUUGAAUCCUCCGCCCAUCCACCGUCUUUUUUCGCCUUGGGGAGGUCGUGCAGCACCACCCGCACAAGAUCUCGCGACACACGACCCACGACACACCAUGGUUUCACUUGCCAGCCUUGGGCAAUGGGUUCUCACCCUCGCCCUCCUCGGUGGGUAUGAGACCGUCUCAGCCGCGACGACGCAACAAUGGAAGUCGCGCAGUAUCUACCAGACGAUGACCGACCGGUUUGCGCUGCCCGCGGGCACCACGGCGGCCGCCUGUAACACCACGGCCGGACUGUACUGCGGAGGCACCUGGCGCGGCACCAUUGAUAAGCUCGACUAUAUCCAGGGCAUGGGGUUCGAUGCGGUGAUGAUUUCGCCCAUUAUCCAAAAUAUCGACGGUCGGGCCUCGUACGGUGAGGCCUACCAUGGAUACUGGCCGGAUGAUCUGUACUCGCUUAAUUCGCGGUUCGGGACGCACCAAGAUCUGCUGGAUCUGAGUGCCGCCGUCCACUCGCGAGGCAUGUAUCUCAUGAUGGACACGGUCAUCAACAACAUGGCUUACAUGACUAACGGCAAGAACCCCGCCACCAACAUCGACUACUCGGCCUUGACUCCCUUCAACAGCUCGUCCUACUACCACAGCUACUGCGAGAUCUCCAACUGGAACAACUAUACGCAGGCCCAGCUGUGCCAGACCGGUGACAAGAUCGUCGCCCUGCCCGAUCUGUACACCGAGCACGAGGAUGUGCAAAACAUGCUGGUCGACUGGGCCACGCAGAUGAUCUCGACGUACUCGAUCGACGGGCUGCGCAUCGACGCCGCCAAGUCGGUCAACCCCGGGUUCCUGACCACCUUCCACGACCGCGUGGGCACCUUCAUGACCGGCGAGGUCUUCGAGCAGAACGCCUCCAUUGUCUGCGACUACCAGGACAACUACCUGCCCAGUCUGCCCAAUUUCCCGCUGUACUACACCAUUCUGGAUGCCUUCACGCGCGGCAACCCGAGCGCCCUGUUCCAACGGAUCGCCCUCGUCCAGCAACUGUGCAACGAUGUCCCCGCGAUGCCCACCUUCAUUGAGAACCACGAUGUGGACCGGUUCGCGUUCGCCAACGGCGAUCUGACGCUGGCCAAGAACGCCAUCGUCUUCGAGAUGCUGUACGACGGAAUCCCUUGGGUGUAUCAGGGCCAGGAGCAGCACCUGAACGGGUCGUACGCGGGCACCCACAACCGCGAGGCGCUGUGGGAGUACGGGUACGACACGAGCUCGACGCUGUACACGCUGAUCUCGAAGCUGAACCGGGUGCGCAAGCACGCGUACACGCUGGACCCGGAGUACAUCGAGAUGCAAACGAUCCCGCUGUACCAGGGCGGUAGCGAGCUGGCGUUCUGGAAGGGCGCGUUCGGGCGGCAGGUGGUGAUGCUGCUCUCGACGCAGGGCAGCACGGGCAGCUCGUACAACGUCACGCUGCCCAUGACCUACGGGGCGGGCAUCGAGGUGGUCGAGGUGCUGAACUGCGUCAACUACACGGUCAACGACUACAGCCAGCUGAUCGUGCCGAUGGACAAGGGCGAGCCGCGGGUCUUCUUCCCGGUGACGCUGAUGCCCGGCAGUGGCCUGUGUGGCUUCAGUUCCAACACCACCUCGCUGAGCCACCUGCGGCUGUCGGCGGCGGCCGCAGCCCUGGGUUCCACGGCCAGUCUGACCGUGGCGCAGGUGUCCGGGGGUUUGGUUGCGAUGAUUACCCUGUUGGCUAGCUUGUUGCUUGUUUAGUUUGGGGUGUUGUUUUGAAAAUGGUGUCCCCCGAUCACGGGAUUGAUUAAACCUUUUUUUUUAUUAUUUCUUUACUGCUGCGGCUGCUACUAAGCAAUUUCUCGAUGUACAUACUUUACAUACCUUGGUGUUCGUUCCUCUCUCGAUUGGCGCUGUACCUGGUUUUUCAUUUAUUUAUUUGUUUAUUUU